GCGGCAAAUUGCACGCAGCUCUACAAGACGCUGGCAACAGGUGAGCUCUUCCGGUCGUUGAAAAUGCUUGCGAAGGCCGCCGUCGUGUUGAUCCUUCUGCAAACUGCUGCUUGUCAGAGACCCGAAGACAACAAGAAGCCAAAGUCGCAUCAGUGGAAAAACUUCCUGCGUGACUGGCAUAUUCUGAUGAAUCAUGUGUUCACACCGGAAGAAGAAGAAAGCCUGCUGAGAUGUUGCGCGCCAAGUAAAACCAAGGCUCUAGAGGCGUGCAUCCACGAAGCUGGACUGACUUUUGUACAAUACAAGCAGAUCAAGAGAGCCGUCAGGAAAUGGAGAUCCAGUCAGAACAAAAAUGGCCGUUCCAGUCCAGAAGUAGAAGAAAAGGACCUUUCGAAAAUUGCGGAUUCAAAAACUUCGCUGCGUGAACUAGUUGAGAAGGCCCGUACACUCGGAAAAUGCGUCGCCGAAAUUAAGUGAAUUGAUCUUCAAAAAGCAAUAAAAACGCUUCUCAAGAA